AUUACACUAUAAAUAUUUAAGACAGUAAAAAAUUGUUUUUGUUUUUAAAGAAAAUGCUUUUGAAUUGUAAGUUGUGACGUAUAAACUACAAAAGUGCAGAUUUAAUUGGAUAACUAUCCAUGAUGACUUAACUUUUCAUAGAGUGACAAGACGUCCAAAUUAGUAGUAAUCAUCAAGUUUUGAAAAUCUGCAUCCUCCUUUUCAAGUGGUUCCACUUUUCGCCCGCAUUCACGAAAAUUCAAUAUUUUAUUAUUUAUAUAAAUACAUUUUUCACUACUUAAGGUUUUAGUAUUAAAAUUUACACCAUUGAAGCGUAGUGACGAAUAUCGUCAUUCAGUUAUAAAUUAUUUUAAUUAUAAUAUAACUACCUACUAAGUAGCAUUACAAUUUUAUUUUACUAUUCCUAUAAUAUAUUAAUUUUAUAUAAAAAUAAAAUUAAUUAGUCAAUUGGAGUACCAAUUAAGAAGUAAGCAUUUUAUAGUUUUCUAUGAUUGUCAGAAUAUCGGUACAAUCCAUAGAAUUUAUAACAAAAGAAAUAAAAAACUUGAAAUACUGGUACUCUUCAAAAUUUAAUUUUCAGGGGGCCUAAAAUAUUUACAAUGUUUAAUAUAGUUUUAAUAAAUCACCAUCGUCAACAAGUUAAAUUUAAAUAAUACAUUAAAAACAAAAUAUUGUGUAAGUAUAUUUGAUUCAAAACGGGUUCUUUCAAUCCGCGUAGUCGCUUCAUCUUGUGAGAUACACCUAAUUACCAACCAAAAUGAUAGAUUAUUUGUUCUAACAAGUUUAUUGUAAUAGAUAUUCCACCCUUCACAAAAAUUGUUUGUUCUGUUGUGAUUAUUUGAAGUGAUUUCUAGUACAUUCCCAUAGACGUAAAUAGGGGGGGGCUUGGGUGGGCUUAGCCCACCCUUCAGCCUCUCGAGCCCACCUAAAUGAAAUAUGAAUUGAAAACAAUCAAGUAAUUGAAAUAAUACAUUUUUGUUUACCUACCUUUACUUAUAUCACAAUAGAACACAAUCAUAUUGUGUGACACAAAAAAUAAGUGAUAAUAAAUAUCGAAUAUUGUGAUAAUGGUAUGGAACAAGUUACGGCUACAGGUUGUGGGACAGGUUGUAGUAGGUGUAUCUUUUAUCAGUGAUUUAAGUAAAAUUAUUUUAUAAAUAGAAUAUUGCAGUAUUUUCCUUGUUCUGAAGAAUAUGAGGUUAUCCUGAUGAUUUUUGUAACCAAUGUUUUCUUUUUUCAUUUGCCCUAAUUAAAGUGUAUUACCGAUCACCAUCGCAUUUAAUUUGGUAAUUGAUUGAGGAGUAUUGAUGUGUUUUAUUGUUUUUGUAAUUUCUGUAAUAAAUUCGUAGUUUACUUUAAGAAACCAAUAUUCAAUUUAUUUCACGGUCAUUAUGUUUAGUAUAUUUAAUAAUAAAAAACAAUCUGCUAAAGAAAAAUGCAAUCUCAUUGUUGGUAAAAUAGGUAUUAAUCACCCUCAAGAACCAGAAAAAGAGUUGGAAUCGAAUUCGCAAAUGAUGCAAAUUAAGUCAGUUUUUCCUCAAGCUACUGAUUCAGAUCCAGAUGAUCCUGAUAUAAAUGAUACUAAUAAUCAUGCUCAAAUAAUUGAAAGCUCAAUUCAAGACUUAGGACAUUUAGAACCAAAUUUGGUAAAAGAUUUAGGUGACUUGAACACAGGCCCCGCACAACCUAUUUUGUCAGCGUAUCCUAAGUCAGUAUUUGGAAAAUAAAAAA